ACUACAAACAUGCCAGAUCCAACAUCCAAAUAACAUGACGAUGCUCGAAUUAUGAGCUUUCAUUGAAUUUUGAUUAUCUGCAUUGCUAGUAGGAAUGGAAUCUCAGGUUUUCUUCACUGCCCCUGAGAGGUGGGAUACUGAGCGGUCUCAUACCUUCAACAAGACAGGCGACAAUGACAAAUCCGGCAAUGGCGCUUCUCUUCCUGCCAUUAUUGCGGCUUUUGUCCCAUCAUUCGUCACGGCAAUACUCUUCAUGGUAGUCUUUGUGCUCAUUAGGAGACAUCACCAGCGAAUAUACGCGCCCAGAACUUACAUCGACCUGAUCCCCGAGAAAGAUCGAACGCCGUCGUCGGGCACCGCUCGCUUCGCAUGGAUCAAGGCUCUGGCGACGCUAGGUGACAAAUUCAUCCUUGAACAUUCAUCCCUCGAUGCGUAUCUGUAUCUCCGUUUUCUACGGACCGCCAUCUUCAUCUGCUUCAUCGGCUCCUGCAUUACCUGGCCCAUCUUGUUUCCUGUAAAUGCAACUGGCGGCGGGCAUGCCUCGGAGCUGGACAGACUCGGCUUUGGAAAUGUCCAUGGCCACAAACGACUCUAUGCACAUGCUGUGGUGGCAUGGCUCUUCUUUGGCUUUGUCAUGUUCCUCAUUGCGAGGGAGCGUCUGUGGUUGAUUGGUCUGCGCCAAGCCUGGUAUCUUUCGAAGACCAAGGCUUCACGGCUUUCCUCUCGGACGGUUUUGUUCCUUGAUCCUCCCAAGCAUGCUUCCCAGAAUGACGACGUGCAAGCUAACUUCGGCGACGAGUCAAAGCAGCAAUGGGCUGUGAUAGCCACGCAUGAGCUCGAUCAUCUUGUUGGGUCGAGGAACUCCAAGGCUCUGGAACUGGAAUCUGCUGAGGUCACGUUCUUGAGGAACGUCAACAAGAAGAGGUCGAAACUUGCCAAGGACAACGACUCCGACAAUGUGGAAAUCAAUAUAGAGACAAUUCAGUCUCUACGUCCUGUUAGCAAGCAAUAUUACGUCACCGGGGAGGGGACUGAUGCAAUUAAUCAUUUGCGCGACAGCCUGAAGGAGACCAGUCACAAGGUGGAGGAAAGUCGGGAAUCCCAUUUAGCUCACGGUAACCACACCCGCUUUGCUAUAUUUGUUGAGUAUGCGACCCAGUCAGCAGCUCAGAGGGCGUAUCGUGGAAGAUUCAAGCUUGGCCUGCCGGUACCUCCCAAUCUGGCCGUUCAGUUCAGACUCAUCGGCGUGUCUCCAUCAGAAAUUAUCUGGGAUAACCUCACAAUGCCGCAGACCGCUCGAAUCUCAGAAAAGUCGAUCGCAAACUUACUAAUCGCCGCUCUGAUUAUCUUUUGGUCCAUUCCCACAGCAUUCAUUGGAACCGUCUCCAAUGUCAACUACCUCGCCGACAGGGUCGAAUGGCUUCAUUGGAUCAAGAAUUUACCACAACCAAUCCUUGGUCUCCUGACUGGUCUGUUACCGCCGCUUCUGACCAGUUUGUUAGCUUCUUACGUACCGAAUAUCAUGAGAUACGUGGCUAAGAAGUCGGGGGAACCAACAACUGUGUCAGCCGAGCUCCAAGUUCAGGCAUGGUACUACGCCUUCCAACUCAUACAAGUCUUCUUCGUCACUGCGCUCUCCUCUUCGGCAACUGCCUUCAUUCCCAGGAUAAUCAACCAGCCUCACGAGGUUCCCACGCUUCUUGCUGACAAUCUACCGAAAUCCUCAAACUUCUACUUGACAUACUUCAUUCUGCAGGGACUCGGUUCGUCCGCCCGGAACAUCCUUAACUACUCAGAUCUCUUCCAGUACAUCUUGUGGGACAUGUUCGUUAACCAGACACCGCGAGAGAAGUACAACCAGUACACGAAUCUCAAGGGUAUCAGCUGGGGCAAGCUCUAUCCUAAAUUCACCAACUUUGUGAUCAUUGCCAUUGCAUACUCCUGCAUUUCUCCUCUGGUGCUGGGAUUCGCCACGAUUGGCCUUUCGCUAUUCUAUCUUAGUUAUCUCCACAACUUCCUGUUUGUGGUGCAGCCCAAGCUUGAGACGAAAGGCAAAUGCUAUACUCGUGCGCUGCAACAAAUCCUUAGUGGAGUCUAUGUGGGAGAACUGAGUCUCAUCGGCCUUUUUAGUCUUCGGAGGGCGACUGGACCUUCUAUCAUGACGGCCGUUUUGUUCUUUGGGACUAUUGCAUACAACGUGGUGAUGAACCGCUACCUGGGUCCGCUGGAGGAUCAUUUGCCCGACGACUUGAUGACAGCAGAGGAAGUAGAAGAAGAAGAGCCGCUGCUCGCGGCGGAGGAAGGGGAGGCAGUAGAACGUGCCCACGAUCAGUCCCAAGUGCAACGGCUAGGCCAACGGCUACACGCCCCGCAGCAAGUCAUCGACCCUAUUGCCCGCUUCUUUGAGCCGCAUAUAUAUGCGUCGCAUAAAGUCAUGAAGGCGUUCCUCGCUAGUCAUGCUUUUGACUUGGAGCCGCCAGAAUAUAGCGAAGAGGAGCUUCGAACGGCUUAUAUGAACCCGAGCUUGACUUCCAAAACUCCGACUAUCUGGCUGCCAAAGGAUGAAGCAGGGCUUAGUAAAAAGGAAGUUGAGGACAAUUCGGCAGCUGGGAUCAAGAGCACGGAUGAAAGGGCUUGGUUGGACAAGAAAUCGAGGGUCGUGUUUGACAGGGACAGCCUUCGGGAGUUGCCGGUGUGGAAGAAAUCGGCUGAAUACUGAAGGCGUCAAAACUUGAACAGCUGAUGCGACUAGACAGAAAACGUGCAACAUGCUGUACGCUUGAAAUAGUGCUCAAGGUACUAAGGGGACUUAGAGGCACAAGUUUCCUUCUCUAUGUAUUCUUAUUACUGGCGUUAGGAAUUAAUAAUCAUGCCUAGGCUCCCUAUUUGUCUGUAUCUUUUUGUCAGGGUACGUGAUGCGAGUGCAUAUGGGGUGUGAAUU